AUGGAAGCUUUUUCGUUUGUUGACGAAUAUGUUUCCGAAGUAUUCAGUCUAUGUCGCUACCUAAUAUAUACUCAUUCAUCAUCCGGUAAAGAGGCGGCGCCAACAUCAAAUCAAAACAAACUUGAUUUCCUUUUUCGGGUGUACAUUGAAAGAAGAGGCGAUCAGUGUCUGUUCAUUUCUUUCUUCCUCCAAUUCUUUUCUUUCUUUCUUUCUUUCUUUCUUUCUUUCUUUUUUCUUUCUUUCUUUCUUGUAGCCUCUUACUACAUCUUUUUCUCUUUAGGCAUGUUCUAUUCUUAUUCUGUAUCUUCUCCUCCUCUUCCACCUUCACCAUAUUCUUCUCGCUCUUCUUCUUCUUCUUCUUCUUCUUCUUCUUCUACGUUAUCUUUCUCUCAUCCUCCUCUUCGCCAGUAUCAUCAUCUUUAUUUAUUUUUCUUCCUUUUCUGCUUCUUUUCCUUCAUUUUUUUCAUUUUCUACUUUCUCUUCUUUUUAUAUUUUUUCCUUGUCGUCGUCUUCUCUUCCUCCAGUUUAUUAUUCUCGCUUUUCUUCUUCUUCUUCUUCUUCUUCUUCUUCUUCUUCUUCUUCUUCUUCUUCUUCUUCUUCUUCUUUAUCAAACUGUAA